CUAUCAAUCCAGCAUGUGACGAAUUGAAGUAACGAGUAUUUAAAGGCCCAUUUUUAGUUGGGAAUAACUCUCGUAGUCUCAAGUUUUCAGGGAACUAAUUCUUAAAUAGACCACCCUAUACGAACUAUAUAAAUGAUGAACAUCACUGAUUUGCAUCUCUCAAAAAUUCCCACCUACUUCAGAAUCUCCAAAGUUGAGCCAGGCUCUACCUUCCUCCUCAAACUCCAUCCGCUCUCUGACAAACCUUCUUCCAUCCAUUUGGCAAGAAGCAGAGGACAACAUGCAGUGAUUAUAAGCAGGAGCGUCACAAUUAGUGAUUACAAUCAAAGUACGCAUCAAGAAAUAGUUAUGACGAGAGAAAAUAGUGAUCAAGUUGUUGAGCUUGUUGGGAUUAGUGAGGAGAUGAUGACGAAAAAACCGGUGACGACGACUACUAGGGACGGUGGUUGGGAGUCAAGAUCGGCGGCGCCGAUAGUGGCGAUGGUUGUCGUGCAAGUGAUAUUCGCAGGGUCACAAAUUCUGACCAAAUUGGCCAUCAAUAAGGGAAUGCUAGUGUUUGCCAUUUUGACUUACCGUCAUCUCGUUGCUGCUCUUUGCAUCGCUCCAUUGGCUUUCCUCUUUGACCGGAAAGUUGACAAGAAUUUGGAUCCAAAGGUUUGUCUUUGGACAUUUUUUACAGCUCUAACUGGGAUAACAUUGGGGAUGGGAUUAUUCUAUUAUGGUCUCAAGGAUACAAGUGCAACUUAUGCUACCAACUUUAGCAAUUUAAUUCCUAUAGUAACCUUCUUCCUUUCUGUGGUUGUUCGAAUGGAGACUCUGAAAUUGAACAGUCGAUGGGGGCGAUUUAAAAUUGUAGGUGCAUUCCUCUGUGUUGGAGGGGCUCUGGUUAUUAGUCUAUAUAAGGGAAUAUCGUUGCCAUUCUUUCAUUUCAACUCUCAUCAUAAGGAGGUUACAUCCAUUGUAAGCAAAACAAGUCAACAUUGGACACGUGGCACCAUUUUAUUGGUUUCUAGUUGUCUCGGUUAUGCCCUAUGGUUUAUUGCACAGGCCCGACUGCUAAAGGUACUCCCAUCAAAGAAUUUGGGAAAUUUUCUAACUUGCGUAACAGCAUCAAUACAAACAGCAAUUCUGGGGAUAUGUUUGGAUAGAAGUGGGAAUUCAUGGAGUUUAGGUUGGAAUGUGAAGCUAGUCAAUGUUCUUUUUUCGGGUGCAUUGGCUUCAGCGGCAUCAUUCUAUUUGAUUAUUUGGGCUGUUGAAAAGAAAGGACCAGCUUAUCCCUCCAUGUUUGAUCCUCUCUCUGUAGUGUUUGUGGCUAUUAUUGAAGCUAUAUUCUUUGGCGAGGAUUUCACAAUUGGAAUCUUGUUAGGAAUGAUACUCAUGAUUGCUGGAUUAUACAGUUACUUGUGGGGGAAAAGAGGCGAGUACACAGAUUGCUAGGAGUAUGGCCACAUCUUGGGACAUAUAUUUGGGGGUCCGCCUUGAGGAUGCCUUGGUUGAGAUAACAUUUUAUUGCUUUACGUGCUGAUGGCAUGGUCCGCUCUAUAUUGACUAUAAAUAGUAGUCGUUUAAUGUUUCUGAGUUGAUUGUACGUUACUGAGCAAGUUUUUGUGUUUUUUUUCUCCCGUUGAAUAAGCUGGUGUGGUAUUGCAAGAGAAGAUCCGUCACCCUAAGUGGCGGCUUUUGUAAUGCAAGAGAAGAACCGCCACUUGAAGCGGCAGCUUUUAAUUUGUACUGUAAGAGAAGAGCCGGAAAUAGUGUUAGCUACGUGGGUGUAGUCGGGGGAACAUGUGUUUGGGCCCAACUUCACAUAUUUUUGGAUGCACCAAGGUACUACUUAAAGCUCCUACUUUUGACUGCUGCUUCUGGGGAUAUUGGUAAUGGAGAAGCAAUUCAAGCAACCGAGAGCUCUCUAUGAUCCUUGGUGCGCUCUUGAAGACCAAGUCGAGGACAGUUUUGGUUGACAUCAUCAAUAAGAAUGGUUUGCAGAUGUUACACAACAUAAUGAAGCGAUAUAGGAGGGAAUUCAAUAAGACACCUAUUCUUCGAAAGCUGCUUAAGGUACUGGAAUAUCUGGCAUUGAGAGUGUUGGGUUAAGGGCCCAAGCCGAGGUCCGGCCCAUUAACCCCUUUUUACCAGACGCACGUCCAGUUAGAACUCAAGGCUAGCCCGCAAGCCCAUGUUCCUUGGGGAGGGACGAACGUCUGGAGUUGGGGGUUCAGGCCCAACGGCUCAUCCCGACGAACGUCUGUGAAGGGACAAGGAGCAGGGCCACGGGCCACCGGGGAUGACGACGAACGUCUCCAGAGCAAGCCUAUGGUCAUCGGAGGAACGCUAGUCCACAUGGUGAGUAUCCAUUAAGACCAGGAGACGAACAGCCGGUACCUCUUGAGGGUCACUUGGAGCGAUCCAACUCGCUUCCCGGGCGGAUGAACGUCCCCACUGAUUUGGCGGGAAACCUAGAUUCUGGCGGGAAGUGCAUUUAAUGCUGAAGAUUUGGUGGUUGGGGCACCAGCGGUCCACAGGCUGCCACGUCGGUAUAACCACCUGCCCAUUGGUGGGUAUAAAUAGAAGCAUUUAUUUCAUUGUAAAGGGUUGACAACUUUCUAUUCUUAGCAUUCUAGCUUACUUCCCUUGCUCGCAGCUGAGAUUACUGCCUAGCAAGACGAACGGCCGACAUGCCUUUUUUUUUAGCAAGUAGAUUGUACUUAGGGG